AUGCUUUCGCGGACGGCUCUCAAGUCACCCAAUGCAAGAGUUUCCUUGGGGCGUGCAUUCGCAACGGAACUAGCCACGUCCACCUCCAAAGCGGUUUCGGAAUUGCCGUCCCAGUCGCGUUUGAAGAAGCCUCGCACCGUCAUAGCGACCUCUGUCAUCCUGAACCGCUCUCCCAUUCUAACGCGGACGCCAACACUGUUCGAACAAGCAUUCUACGCCUACCAAGCUCGCAUCCGACGCGCGCUUCACAACCCCUUCCCCUAUGACUUUUACUUCAAGCAGGGGUCUCUAUUAGAAACUCGCUUCAACAUGGAAGAAAGAAAACGAGAACGUCAGGCCUUCGGUCCUAAUUUCGUGUCUGACGAUGUCGUGGACCCAGAGAAAGCAGCUGCAGACAAAGCAGCUGUCGAACAACUUGCCCUUCAAGAGGGUGAAGGUGAAGAAUUAAUGCCCCGUAAACAUGCAGCCGACCUGAGUGAUGACUUCAAGAGUUUGGAUCGAAGGGGGAAACGCAAUCUAUACCUAUUGUUGCAAGUUGAAGAGGACGGCAACUCCGUGUGGCGUUUCCCCGAAGGAGGAAUCGAGCAAGCUGACUUCCUUCACCAGGCUGCGCAGAAAGACUUGCAUGCGGAGUGUGGUUCACACAUGGAUACAUGGAUAGUUGGCCGUUGUCCAAUAGGUGUCUACAAGAGAUCACCGAAAUCUACAGCGGAGCCCGAGCAAACCGUAUUCUUUUUCAAAGGUCAAAUAAUGGCAGGUCAGGCACAAACUCACGGGGAGUCGGUGAAAGACUUUGCCUGGCUGACAAAAGAGGAGAUUGAGAAGCAUGUCGAGAAGGACUAUUGGGACGGAGUCAAAGAUAUUCUUUCAGAUUAUUAGCUGCGAACACAUGUCUAGAUUUCAUAUCCAUCCAAAUACUAAUCUAAUGCGGAU